UAUUAUAUGAAGAAUUAAUUACAAAAGUUAGCAAAAUUUCAAAAACUGAUCAAAGAUUAGGAUCUUUGGUUAAAGAUAUUGGUGGAUGGUAUAAUUCAUAUCAGCACAAAUUUCAUAUUGUAUUAAUAAACUUGGCAAAUGAAUUUAGUUCAACUAAUGAAAGUGCAAAGGAACCAUAUAAUAAAUUGGAUGAAUUUGUUUCUGAUGAA